CUGGUGUUCUAACAAUGGAGUCCUUUGGCGCCGCAUUCCCAAAGAUCUACGCUGAUGCUGGGUUCAAGGGGUGGUGGGUGUCGACGAUUUUGUUGACUGCUUGGUUUGGAUCUCUUGUCAAUGGUCCCGUCGCUGAUAAAUUCGGGAGGAAGAUGAACAUGAUUAUUGCGGUUGUUAUCUUUGUCGUUGGGUCUGCUAUUCAGGCUGGUGCCGUGAGCAUUGGGAUGUUGUUUGUUGGACGAGCAAUUGCGGGAUUGGCGGUGGGGAUGUUGACGAUGGUUAUCCCGCUGUAUAUCUCCGAGGUUUCUUCAUCUGAUAUCCGUGGAGGUCUUGUGGUGCUGCAACAACUAUCCAUUACAAUCGGUAUCCUCGCAAGCUUCUGGAUCGAUUACGGAACACAUUACAUCGGUGGCACCCGCUGCUCACCAUCCGUCCCCUACACUGGCGGAACAGCGUCCUCGCCAUCAUUUGACCCUUAUACCGACGUUGGACCAAACGGUUGCACAGGCCAAAGCACCGCUGCUUGGAGAAUCCCCUUAGCUCUCCAAAUCCUACCUGCACUCAUCCUCGGCAUCGGCAUGAUCUUCUACCCUGACACUCCCAGAUGGCUCCUCCUCCAAGAGCGCGACGAGGAAGCCUUCAGAGCUCUCUCCAAACUCAGACGCUUCCCCGCCGAUCACCCAAGCAUCGUCUCCGAAGCGCUUGACAUCAAAGCCUCCAUUCUCUUGGAGAAUACAUAUGUCAGGGACAACUAUAAUGGCGCCUCGGGAUUGAAGCUACAUGUUUCUCAAUACCUGUCCCUCUUCACAAACAAGUCCCGGUUCCGCCGCCUUGCUAUCGGCUGCUGCGUCAUGUUCUUCCAGCAGUUUAUGGGGUGUAAUGCUAUGAUCUACUACGCUCCAACGAUGUUCGCGUCUCUCGGUCUUUCAGGAAACACAACCUCUCUGCUGGCAACGGGCGUGUACGGAAUCGUCAACUGUCUUAGCACAAUCCCUGCCAUUCUCCUCAUUGACAAAGUUGGAAGACGACCAUUGCUCAUGUGCGGUGCGGCAGGUACUUGCAUCUCGCUCGUAAUUGUAGGUGCGAUUGUUGGUGCUUAUGGCGAUGGGCUCGGGGCGCACAAGGCAGCGGGCUGGGUGGGGAUUGCGUUUAUCUACAUCUAUGAUGUGAAUUUCUCCUACUCAUUCGCACCAAUCGGCUGGGUCCUCCCCUCCGAGAUCUUCAAUCUCGCGAUCCGCUCAAAGGCAAUCUCAAUCACGACUUCCACGACGUGGAUGUGCAAUUUCAUCAUCGGCCUGGUCACUCCAGACAUGCUUGCCCAGAUCAAAUGGGGCACGUAUAUCUUCUUCGCUGCGUUCUGUUUGUUGGCCGGAGGGUUUACGUAUUUCUUUGUCCCUGAGACGAGGGGAAAGACGUUGGAGGACAUGGAUCUCGUUUUCGGCGAUACAGCAGCGCAUGAGGAGCAGGAGAGGAUUAGGCAGAUUGAGGCGCAGCUAAGGGGUGUGCAGAUUGAUGGGACGGAUCCGGAGAAGGGGAUGGUGGUUGAGCAUACUGAGUGAUUGGAGAGCGAGGCGUGGAAACGAAACAAGGAGAUCAAGGGAGAAAAGACGGAAUUAUCAUAGAUCUCGCUGGGGAUUUUGGGUGUUGAUAGCCUCGGAUACGUUUGGGGUGAUAGCGAAGAAUAAUGAAUUAUGGCCGAUCAGAGAAUAGUCUCCUGCUAGAACUACGUAAAUUCAUUAUCAAAAUUUCGAAGCAUGAGC